AUGGCUAAGAUGGGCUUUGACAACAUGUGGAUCUUGCUCAUCCAGCAAUGCUUGACAACGGUGCGUUACAAUGUGGUGAGUGGUGGCUUUAAUCUGGGUCCGAUUGUGCCUUCUAGGGGGAUUCGACAAGGUGAUCCAAUCUCACCUUAUUUGUUCUUGAUCUGUGCCAAAGGUUUAUCUGCUAUGAUUCGAAGAUUUGAAGCAACAAAGUGUUUGCAUGGGUGUAGAGUAGCCAAUAGAGCUCCUGUGAUCUCUCAUUUGUUGUUUGCUGAUGAUAGUUACAUUUAUUGCAAGGCAACUGAUAGAGAAGCUAAUGAAGUGUUUCGGAUCUUGGCUUUGUUUGAGAAAGCAACGGGUCAACAAGUUAAAUAUGCCAAGUCUUUUGUGUUCUUUUCAACCAACACAACAAGUCAAACGAAAACUCUUAUUUGUUCAAAAAUGGGAAUUCAGCCUGCUAGUGAAAAUAGCAAAUGCUUAGGCCUCCCAAGUUUUAUGAACAGGAACAAGAAUGCGGUUCUCAGAUAUCUUAAGGACAAGGUUCGGCAAAGAAUACAAAGCUGGGAUAAUAAGUUCUUGUCUCGUGCAGGAAAAGAAGUCUUAAUUAAAUCUGUGCUUCAGUCGCUGCCUUCAUAUGCUAUGAAUGUUUUCCUAUUAACAGAUGAGAUUUGUAAGGACAUUGAACGCAUGAUGAGUAAAUUCUGGUGGAGAUCUAAGGCGAAUCAAGAUAAUGGAAUUUACUGGAUGAGUUGGAAAAGAUUGGGGAGUGGAAAAGAAGAAGGAGGCAUGGGUUUUAGAUGCCUCAAAGAUUUUAACGUUACUCUUCUUGCCAAGUAA